AUUCUCCCGCGAAAGGCGCCGCAGUACGCGCCCUCCUCCACGCCCUCCCAGGAGUAACACCCGCCGUUCUCGUCUCCGCUAUUUAACGACAGCGCCAAAGCAUCCGCCACCUUCCGUGCAACCUUCAGACCACCGUCGCUUCUCAGCGGGUCGGAGCAUUAGCAUGCGACCACCCUCAUCCGCCCUCCGCCAGCCCCGCAUUUGCUUUUGAGUUGACUCAAAAGCAGCCCCGCAUUUUCGGACCCUUCCCCGUCACGUGCUGCGCUGUGCGUUCCGGAAAGGUGGUACUUAACCGCGCCGACUGACGAAGCAACGCCGAAUCAGACCAGCGCGAUGCGUCGCUGACGUGUCCGCACCGCACCGCAUGUCGCGCUAGCAGUCUUGUCCCGCUGUAGCGUUAGCGAUACCGAUAGCGAGCUCGAGUUCGACCAAUGGGCGUCAAGCUUCAGAUUCAGCUUCUCGAGGCGCGCGGCCUGCCGCCGAAGGACAAUGGCGGCGCUCGAGACGCGUUCGCGCGGCUCCAGAUGGGCGCCUCGAAGGCGCGGAGCAGCACUGUAGCGAAGGACAACGAUCCGACGUGGCAGGAGGAAUUUCUCUUCUCGGUCAGCGAUGCGGAAAAAGACGAGCUACUGGUGACGGUGUGGGAUAAGAGCGUGUUUAUUGGGGAGGAAUUUCUCGGGCAGCUUGUGCUGCCCGUGCGACAGGUGAUGGCGUGCGACGGCCACGAGCUCCAGGCGACGUGGUUACCGUUACAGAACCGACCCGUGCGACCGCGCGCGACGGUUUCAGGCGACAUUCUCGUUUCCGCCAGCCUGUGGGGAUUUUCGUCGUUAGUGGCGGAAUCCGUCUCCCCUUCCACCUUCCCCUCCAGCCCCGUCCUUCCGCCCACUCCUCCCCAAUCCGCCCCUUCCCCCGACCACUCGCCUUCCCCCCCCGCCCUACGUCGCCAUACAGGCGCAUCCGGUACAGUCACAGCUGGCGCUCCCCCCACGUGCAGUCAAAGGGACGAGCCCCCUUCCGCCAAUGGGGGGGAGGAGGCGGAAGUGGGGGGCGGAGCGGGGGAGGAGAGGCGGGGAGAGGGGUUGGCUAAAGGGGAAGGGGAACGGGACGGGGAGGGGGGAAGUGAAGACGAUGGGGAGACCCCGUACUCUCAGAGUACAGAGAAGGAGGAAGGCGAGAAUAUGCCCGCAGCAGCAGCAGCAGCAGCAGCAGCAGCAGCAGCAGCAAAACCGCGGCAUCAGAUCCUGCAGACGAUAUCCGAGUCCUUAAAGCCCAACCCGCAGCAGCGGCAGCAGCUGCAGCAGUUGAAGCAGCGGCUGCACGCGUCCAAGGCGUCGGCCGCAUCGGCCUUCAAGUCGCUCGGCCACGCCGUGGAAAGCGGCGUGGCUAAAGCCAGGGAGUCAGGCGUGGUGAAAGCCAUGCAGCACCCCACGCUCAAGACGCCCCCGGCCUGGUGGGAGCAGGACAUGAGGGGCGUGCUAUCCAAGGGGCCCAUGCCGGGUGCGCUGGCGGGAGGCGUGGUGUUGGAGCAGGCGUUCGAUGCGGCUCCCCAUGUGCUCUUUGCGACACUUUUCAAGCCAGACGCUGCGUUCUUCCAAGAGUUUGCCAGUGAGCGCAAGCUAACCCAACUCAACGCUGGACCAUGGCUCUUUGACGACGGCUGCAGUGGCAGCAGCACUCCCAGCUCAACGAAUCUCACGCGCAGCACAGCCCACAAGGACUACAAGCCCCCAGACAACCCGCCCCCCCCUGCUGCUACUAGCCGAGGGGGUGCAGGGGAGGGGGAAGAGGAUGGCACCGUGAUGCACCGCACUGUAUCGUACAUGACCGCGCCGUCCUCCCUGGUCAAGUCCGUGCAGGCGACUGAGGAGCAGCGGUGCGUGAGGGCAGACGCAGGGGGGUUUCUGGUGGCAGUCACUGCGAGGACGCCCGACGUGCCGUAUGGGGGCACGUUUGAAACGCGCAUGCAGCUCUGCGGCAGUGGCGGUGGUGGCAGCGGUAGUGGUGGUGGUGCUGGCAGUAGCAGAGAGACGCCGCCUGCAGGGGGGACGGCCGGUGGGGGGUUGAAGUCGCAGUUGCGCGUGUCGUAUGAGCCGCACUUCCUGCAGAGCACCAUGAUGAGGAGCAUGAUAGAGAACGGCAUGAGGACGGGCAUCAAGGACUCCUACGCCACCUUCCUAACAGUCCUCUCCAGGCACGUCCCCCCUCUCGCAUCCCUCCCACCACCCACCUCCCUCUCUCCCGACCAACCCUCCACCCCCCCUCCUCUCUCCUCCCCACUCGCCCGCCUCCUCUCCCUCCUCGGCCUUUCCCCCGACCUCCUCCCCUCAAAAACCGCAAUCGCCGAGGCGGCAGUCCGGGCGGCUGGCCCACUGGCGCUGGUUAUCUUUUGCCUUGCGGCGGUGCUGCUGCCGGUGCACCUGGUGCUGGUGGCACGAGGGGGGGCCGGGGUGGCGGCUCCGUUGUUGGACUUACCCGAUAGCGUUCUGGAGCUGGUGUGGUGUGCCGUGAUCCUGGCUGCAACCAAGCACGUGGUGGCGAUGGCAAGAGGCCUGCUUGUGUCCAAAUAUAUCAAGAAGGGCGACCACGGCAAGAAGGCAGUGGGGGAGGGUUGGCUGCUCACAGUGUCGCUGGUGGAGGGGGAGAACGUUGGGGACUCGGGGCUAGUCGUGAAGACAGAUCCAUUCGUUGUGUUCACGUGCAGUGGCAAGUCGAGAACCAGCUCCGUGAAACUGCAGACGAAUAUGCCCAAGUGGAAUGAGGUGCUUGAGUUCGACGCCUUUGAGGAUGCGCCUUCCAUUCUCGAGAUCGAGAUCUUCAACUACGAUGGGCCCUUCUCGGAACCUUCCCUGCUCGGCCGGGCAGAAAUAAACUUCCUCCGGCAGUCCGUGCAGGACCUGGCGGACCUCUGGGUGCCCCUGGAGGGCAGGCGGGCGAAAGUUCAAGCUGCCCGGAUCCAUGUCAGAGUGCUGCUGACCAACACAUCGGAUGCUGCUGGCCCUCCGUUGGUGCUGGAGAAGAUCAGCAAGGAAGUAGGCGCAAAGGGUGGCGUGCGCGAGUUCUCGGCGGAGAAGAACUUGGCGUUUCAGCGGCUGUUUGACCUGCCGGACAGCGAGUACCUCAUCAACGACUUCUCCUGCAUCCUCAAGAAGGGGCUGCUCUCGCAGGGCCGCCUCUUCCUCUCGCCGCGUCUGCUCGCCUUCUACUCAUCUGUCUUUGGCACACGUAUCAAGUUUACCCUCCUUUGGGAGGACAUCGACGAGAUUCAGGAGAAUGCACCCUCCCUCUUCGACCCUCCCUCGCAAAAGGAGGGAAAGUCUCAGAAAACCUCGACGGCUCUGCCCACCUCCGCCGCUCAAAACACCUCCCAAGAGACCUCCACCGUGCAGAAAUCCUCCAGCACCCAACAGUCAUCCAUGACGACUUUUAAGCGCCUCUUGAAUCCCGCAGUCACCGUCUAUGUGAAAAAAGACAAGGGGGCGGUGGAAACCCGGGCGGCGGCGCACGGCGUGGACUCGGCCGGGCGACUGAAGAUCCGAUUCCAGUCGUUUGUGCGGCCGAGCAUGGCCUUCCGCCUUGUCAUUGCAUUAUGGCGCAACCGCAACCUCCCCACUGAUCAGCGGCUAGCCCGAGCUAAGGAGGAGGGGGAACGAGUGGGCAAUGUGGGAGUGGGCGAUGGCCUUGGUGCAGGAGGAAGGGGAGAAGACCGGGGGGGGGCGAGAGGAGGGGGUCAAGGGGUGAGCGACUCCAGAAGGGGGUCGGUGGGAAUGGAGGAUGGUGGGGGGUCGUUUGUGGGUGUGGAGAUGCGCGAGGUGAUCGACGAGCAGCGCGUGGGCGUGCCGAUAACAGUGGGGCAGUUCCUGGGCACUUUUGAGGACCCCGCAGCCACGGCUGGGAUGAUGGAGAAGGCUGGGCAGAUGGGGGCGGAGAUCAGCGAGUGGGUGGAUGUGCCGGUGGCUGAAUCUGUACCUGUCCAGGGAGGGGAGGAGACGGGCCAGCAGGGCAGCAGGACGGGAGGAGGCGGAUUGCCUAGCGUCAUUCGGCGCCAGCGCAGCAUCAAGUACCGAUUCUCUCGGCAGGUCCCGCCCCUCUCCCCAACCGUGACAGCAGUGCAGCAGAUGACACAGCAGUGCAGCAACAGCAGCCAGGGUGACGGCCAGGGGGGAUGCCAGUGGGCGUGUUUGGAGCAGGUGCUCACACUCCAGAAAGUGCCCUUCGGCGAUUGCUUCCAGGUGGAGAUUCUUCAGGAGAUUCAAGGCAAGGAGAGUUUCACUCCGCCACCCGCAGCAGCCGGCGCAGCAGCCGGUGGGGCAGCAGGCGAGAACAGCGCAGGAGGUGUGGUGUCAAUUGCUGCUGCAGCAGCAGGCAGCGCAGCUGCAGACGCCGCUUCAAGCGCUGCCGGUGCUGCAACCGCUGUGGCCUCGGCACUGGUUGCCGCCGCAGGAGCGCUCAAGCUGAAAGGAAGAGGGGUUGGCGGAAGCAGCAUGGCAGCGGGCGACAGAGGAGGGGAUGGGGAGAGAGGAACAGCAGGGGCAGGAGCAGCAGCAGUAGCAGGGGCAGCAGCAGGAGGAGGAGGAAUUGGGGCAGUAACAGCAGGGGGUUUGCAGGAGGCGGUGCUGCGGGACGAGAGGGUGAGAUCGGUGCUGCAUGUGCGCGUGGUGAUAGUGUGGCACAAGGAGCUGAGUGAGGCCACGAGGGCCAAGAUCAAGAGCAGCAUCGGCAGAUUCUACAAGCAGCAGGCGCGGCGAGUGGUUGACCUCAUGGCCGCUCAGACAGGCUGAGAGGCUGAGAGGCUGGCAGGCUGACAGGCUGAUUGCUGGUGCACGUCCGAGUGUUAUGGGGGAGAGCGUGGCCCAAGAAGCUGAGUGAUGCGACGAGGGGCAAGAUCACGAGCAGCAUCGGGUCGGGCGGUUGUACAAGCAGAAGGCCAGGCGGGUUGUGGACCUCGUGGCCAUGCAGAGAGGCUGACACGCUGAGAGGCUGAGAGGCUGAGAGGCUGAGAGGCUGAGAGGCUGAGAGGCUGAGAGGCUGACCACUGUCUCAGGUUCGAGUGUUACAGGACGAAGGUCACACCAGCAGACGAGUAAGGAAACAAGGGCAAAUAUCAAGAGCAGCAUCGAGCAGCUCUACAAGCAGCAGAUGAGGUGAGUCGUGAGCCUCGUGGCUGCGCAGGCAGGCUAAAAGGGAGAAAUCUGGAAGGCUGAACGGCCGAGAAGCUAGGCGCGUAGACUCAGCAGAGGUUUGCGAGCCAGAGGGGAACUUUGUAGAAACGGGUACUGUGUAUGCACAAGGAGUGUAGGCGUUUUGUUGAAGUCCAUAUUGCACUUGUGUGAUGUGCUUAGAGAGAGUUGCAGUCCUGGAUUGUUGCAAACACCAGAUUUGGCUUUGGAUAACGGAUGGCAUACACUCAAACUAC